UCCAAAUCAAACAAUCGUCGCACAGUACAGCUGCCUCGCCUCUCUGCCUCUCUUUUGUCUGCUUCGCCCUCUAUCUCGCGCCGCCGCAACGCCGUCGUUCUCCGGUCCGGCAGUCGCGCCGGCAUGUGGAGCGGGGCUCCUCGCAUGGCAGAACGGCUGGAGCUGGAGCGCCAAGCAACUCUCGAUGGGCACGUGCCUCAAGAUCUCGAAGCCGGAGUGAACAGCGGCGGCGCACAAGGUCUGCAUCCUGUGCGAGUUCGUCGUCUUCCUCCGACUACAGGACGAUUUGGUGGGAUGGACAACAUUUGGCAGCAAUACGGAGACACCAACCAAGCUUAUGGUAAUGUCACCUACACCCCAGGAAUUGACUUGACUCUCUCCCCGGGAAAUGACUUGACUCGGUUCCAAGAUUCAGCUGUUGUGCAUGGCCCAGGUCCAAUUAUUCAGGAAAACCAGUCGUUCAGCUCUACCUCACAAGUGCCUCAACCUGUCAAUGAUCGAAGAAAGAAGGGGGUUGCCAAGCGUGAGAAGAACUACUCCAAUUUGGAGGAUGAAACAUUAUGCUCGGCGUACCUAAAUGUGUCGAAGGAUCCAGUGGUAGGUGUGAACCAGCCAAUGAAAUCAUACUGGGCAAGAAUCACUGACUACUUCAACGAGAUGAGGACUACUGACGUGGAGCGCAGCAGCUCCUCUCUCCAACAUAGAUGGGGCGAUAUCUCAAGGGACACCGCAUUGUUCUGCAGUUACUAUGCUGAGAUUGAACGGAAGCAUCAAAGCGGUAAAAGUGAGGACGACAAGAUAAAGGAUGCACUGAAAAUGUAUGAAGGGCUUCGAAGCAGCAAAUUCAAAUUUUUGCAUUGUUGGUUGAUCCUUAGAAAAGAGCAGAAGUGGUCUGAAUUUCUCGCCACCACAACAUCAAGCACCUCCCAAGCUCGAUCAAAGGCUGAUCCCGUGCAGCAAGGCGACCCAACAGCAACAUCCACACCUGAGGUGAAUGUCUCAGAGAAAAUUGCAAGGCCAAUUGGUAGGGACAGAGCAAAGAAACAAAGGAGCAACAACUCAUCCAGCUCCUCUGCUUGCUUUGAAAUGCUUCAAAAGAUACAAUUGGACCGCUCCAGGUUCGAGGAAGACAUGAAGGCUGCAAGCAAAUAUGAGUCAGAAGAAAUGGCUGUCCGGUAUGAUAGGAAACUGGCCAUUCAAGAACAACACCUUAAACUUGUAGCAGAGUCGACGAUGAUACAGAAGGAGAUGUUAAGGUUCCAACAAAAAGAACGUGAGGAUCGCGUAAUGACCAUGGACUUGGACAAGGUGGCUCCUUGGGUACGCGAGUACUACAUCAACGAGCAGAAGGCUAUAGCGGCAAAAUCACGUCAUGAAGUGUCAAGUUCUGAUGUGUAGCUUUUCUAUCUCAAGCGUUUAUAGUUGUGUGCCUUUGUUCUAGUUGAAAUAUUAGUAUUUAUCUAUGUAUCAGUUUAGAUGGACAAAUUAAGAUAUGUUCUAACAGUGUUAACUGUGUGAGUUGUAUCUAUUUCAGUUCAGUGGAUCAGAUGUUCGGUAUGAAAUCAAGAUGUCUUGUAUUUGUUUCAGUUUAGUGGAUGAGCUGUUAAGUAUGAAAUUAAGAUGUUGUGUAUCUAUUUUAGUUCAGUGGAUGAGCUGUUAAGUAUGAAAUUAAGAUGUCGUGUAUACAAAUAGGAUCAACUAUAAAAUAAAAUUAGAGAAUCGUCGAUCAGCUAGGUAGUUGAUGAGCCAAACUUUUAUACAAGAUUGCCCUAAGUUGAUAAAUCAGGGAAUCGUCAAUCAGCUAGGUAUUUGAUGAGCCAAACUUUUAUACAAGAUUUCAGUUGAUGAGCCAUGCAAGUUCCAUAUAUGAUCAACAAGGUCAUUCUUCAAUUGCUCAUUGGUUGUUCGGCUUUGGAUCUGUCGGUGGGCAUUGAUGAGUUGCUGAACCUCCGACACAUUCCUAUUAGGAUCCAAUGAUGGUCUGGAUGCUCCCUCAUAAUCCUCGAUCUCCAACUGCUCCAUUCCUCUCUCAUACUUGAUACCCAUAUUGUGCAGUAUGAUGACACAUUGAACUAUGUACUUCAUAUCCCCGGGAUCCCACAUUCUUGAAGGUCCUUUGAUGAUGGCAUACUUUGCUUGUAGGACACCAAAAGUACGCUCGACGUCUUUGCGGUACUCCUGCUGUUUCUCAUUGAACCGAUUCUGCUUAUUACUAACAGCGGCUGGAAUGGGAGUGAUCAAUGUAGCCCAUGGAGGAUAUAUACCGUCAGCUAGGUAGUAACCCAUAUUGUAUUCCCGUCCAUUAACUGUGAAAUUAACCUCAGGAGCAUGGCCGCUAGACAGGUUAUCGAAAACCGGGGAACGAUGCAAGACGUUUAUAUCGUUGCAAGAACCUGGCAUCCCAAAAAAUGCAUGCCAAACCCAAAGAUCAUGACUGGCCACCGCUUCUAGUAUAAUUGUGGGUUUCUUGUGGUGACCUCGAUACUGACCGUGCCACGCAGUGGGGCACUUCUCCCACUCCCAAUGCAUACAAUCGAUGCUUCCGAGCAUUCCUGGAAAACCUCUUUCUUCAGCCUUUCGAAGAAGCCUGGCAAUAUCCUCUGUAUUGGGCUGCCUAAGGUACUCCUCACCAUAGAUUACAACAAUGGUGCGAGUGAAUUUAUUUACUGUUUCGAUGAUCGUGCUCUCACCCAUGCGAAAGUACUCAUCCAAACUAUCGGCAGGUCCUCCGUAUGCAAGCAUUCGC